UUUAAAAAUAUUUAAAAAUAAAUAAAAAUUACCGUUUUUUUUAUUCAGUGUAUCGCAAUGUCUACAAUAGAAGAAAAUGCUAUUAUAGCACCAUGGGUUGGCCCUACUUGCUGCAGAAACAGUUUAUCAGUUGUUGUGCUCUCUUCUAACAAUAAUGUUAUUGAAAAUAUAUCCGAGGCAUUAUUGGAUGUUCACGCAAUGGGUGAUUUUAGAUGGAAGCUAGUUGUGUUACGUUCAUUGUGUUUGGAAGAUAUAGCAAAACAAUCGGAGUUAACGGGUAAACUAUCUAUAGAUUUUGUUAUUGUUGCAGUGGAUACUAGUAGACUAUUUUGCAUAGAUUGGGCGAGUAAAGUCUUGGAGCAAGUACAUCCUGAUCUGAGAAUACGCCGUGUGGUGCUAGUGAAUGCAACAGAUUCCCCGAUACAUGCAAUGGCAGUGAAUACAAGUGAAAUAAUUACAUUCUGCUCUGAGAACAGACUUGAUAUGUUGACUGCAGAUGUGUCAAAACAAGAAGAUGCGAAUUUCCUAGCGCAAAGGUUAUUGAAAUAUAUAGAAGUAUCUCUUGGUGUAAAUACUGGAAUACCUAAUAUAAAUAUUUGAUAUGAGACAAUGUGUGACAAAUAUAAUAUGGAGUGCAUAUGCUGAUGCACUUUAAUUAAUAAAUGCCCCUCAGCUGGGGAAAACUCUCUUUUCCAGUAUACUCUCACAACCCUGUUUCCGUGUGGGUCUGAAGGCUAAAAACAGAUGCAGAUGUACCAAUAAUUGAGUUAAAUUGGAGACUCAUUAUCGAAUAAUUAUAGUAUAUAGCUGGAAUUUAGGCCCCCUAUUGCACAACUAAUACCCAAAAUGUUGAUUUUUUUAAUAUGUAUGCAUUUCUCAGCUAAUAGUACACUUUCUUUGUUACCUCAGAAUUCUUAAUAAUAUUUCAGCUUAUA